AUGAAGUUCACCACCAUCGCAUUCGCUGGCCUGGCCACUCCUGAGGCUGCUGCCGACCCAGCCUUCUCCUCCUGGGGCAAGAAGUACCACCCUAAGCUUUGGAACGGCUGGGGUGACGCCCCUGGUCAGGUCUACCGCCGCGAGGCUGACCCAGCUUUCUCUUCCUGGGGAAAGAAGUACCACCCUAAGCUUUGGAACGGCUGGGGCGAUGCUCCUGGUCAGGUCUACUAG